AUGGCCACUGCAUGUCCACCUUAUCUGGAUCCAGGAGAAACCAAACUUUGGAACGAUGACAAUAAACUUAGUUUGUUAUCAAACAAAUGGAAAGAUUCGAAGGAGUACAAGUUUCCACCCAGGAAUAUCGGAGGGAAUGAGCGGCGAUUCAACUCUAACUGGCUCGCUGACUAUCAUUGGCUACAAUACUCGCAGUCGCAAGAUUCUGUUUAUUGCGCUCCAUGCUUACUAUUUGGAAGUAGUAAAGACAGGGCCUUAUCUUCGUCUGGAGUGAGCGAUUGGAAGAAUUUAUCAACAUAUGUUAAGCGUCAUCAAGUUGAUGAAUUACAUCGUGCUAGUGUUGUUUUAGCCGAAAACUUUGUUGACGUUAUGGUUGGCAAAAAAGAAUCUAUCCUUUGUAAAAUAUCCUCUUCCAGCAAACAAAUAGUAGAAAAAAAUAGGCAUGUUCUGAAAGAAAUCAUAGAAGUUCUAAUAAUGUUAGGAAAACAGAAUAUUGCAAUAUGUGGUCACAAAGAGGAGAAAAGUAAUUUCAUGGCGGUUUUACAAGGGUUGGCGAAAAAGGAUCCAGUUCUGUCAGACCAUUUAGCCAAUGCACCAUCCAACGCAAAGUAUACUUUGCCUGAAAUACAAAAUGAACUUUUAAGUUUAUGCGGCGACCAAAUAUUGGACAUGCUAACAACUCAGUGCAAGAAUGCGGGUGUUUUUGCUAUUAUGGCAGAUGAAUCUUCUGACAUAUCCACGAAGGAACAGUUGUCAAUCUGCGUCCGCUACAUUGAAAAGAACGAACAUAACAGACACAAGCUUAGGGAGGAUUUCCUUCGAUUCAUCACCUGUAAAUCAAUAAAAGGACAGGCCAUCACACAACUCAUCUUGGAAAAUCUGCAACAAUGGGGUCUUGAUGUAUUGAAGUUAAGGGCACAAUGUUAUGACGGGGCAAGCAACAUGUCCGGAAAGUAUAAUGGCAUGCAAGCUUUAAUUCGAGAGCGUGCUCCACUUGCACACUAUGUGCAUUGCAAGUCGCAUUGUCUCAAUUUGGCUUUGGUGCACAGUUCUAAAUUACAAUGUGUUAGGACAAUGAUGAAAACAGUGCAAGAUAUUGCAUUUGCUUUCCAGUACUCUGCAAAACGUCUUCAGGCUUUUGCCAACGAGCUUGCAAAUGAUGCCAACACAAGGGAACAGCUUGACAGGCGACACAAACUGAAGACGCUUUGUGAAACACGAUGGAUGAGCCGUGCUGAUGCACUGACAACAUUCAAGAAUGCUUUCCCUGUCGUCAUAUAUGCUCUGGUAACUCUUGGAGAAGACAACGAUGAUAAAGCUCGAGAACACUUGAUAGGUGUUCUACGUUCUGACAUGGACUUGAUUGAGGCCACAAAAGAGGCAAGGGUAGUUGUUGGUAUUCUGAAUGAAGAACGUGGAGACCCUCUUGUUUUCGAGGGAAUUUUCCAGACAGCAGUAAACAUUGCAUCCCAGUUCCAGAUUGACCCGUCCAUUCCACGGCAAAUUCAGCGGCAACAACACAGAGCUAAUUAUGAUAUAGCAGACCCUGAACAAUACUGGAGAGUUGCUCUUUACAAUGUCUUUGUUGAUCAUCUUAUCCUAGAAAUCACAAAUCGGGUGAUUUCAAAUGAGGAUCGUUUCACCACUCAGUUGCUGAUACCUACCAGACUACCGGAAUUAACUAACAAUCUGGUGGAUGUUAUAUACACUUGCUAUGCAGAGGACAUCAACUUAUCAAAAGAGCUCUUUGAAUAUGAGAUACGGAGAUGGACUAUGAGGUGGUCGGAUGGUGCACAAAAACCAACCACACUAAUCGACACCCUAGACCGAACCCAAAGUGAAGCGUACCCGAGCAUCUACAGUAUACUGAAAAUAUUGUUGUCAAUGCCAGCCACAUCAGCGUCAUGUGAACGGUCAUUCAGCAGUAUGAAGAGAAUAAAAACAUACCUUAGAAAUACAAUGACUGAAAACCGUCUCGCCAGUCUUGCUCUGUUGCAUAUUCAUCGAGAUAUGGAGAUAGAUGUUGACAAAAUUAUUAACAAGUUUGCCUCGGUUGAUUAUCUGGUAGUGAUGCAGGAACUUGGACCUCUGCCACCAGAAGUUUGA